AUGUGGGAAGUGUCUCGGUUCCGACAAAACCUGCGGAACGAAUUGCCCAACAUGGAUGACUACGACGCCGCCGCCGCCGCUGAGCUCAAGCGCAAGCGAACUUUCCGCAAGUUCACCUACCGAGGCAUCGAGCUCGACACUCUGCUCGACAUGUCCAACGAGGACUUCAUGCAGCUCGUCCACGCUCGUGCCCGCAGAAGGUUCCAGCGCGGUCUGAAGCGCAAGCCCAUGGGCCUCAUCAAGCGCCUGCGCAAGGCCAAGGCUGAGGCUCCCCCCAACGAGAAGCCCGCCACCAUCAAGACCCACCUGCGUGACAUGAUCAUCGUUCCCGAGAUGAUCGGCUCCAUGGUCGGCAUCUACACUGGCCGCUUCUUCGUCAACACCGAGAUCAAGCCUGAGAUGGUUGGUCACUACCUUGGCGAGUUCGCCAUGACCUACAUCCCCACCCGUCACGGUGCAAAGGGUAAGGGUGCCACCGUUGACCGUUUCCUCCCCAUCCGAUAA